AUGGCAUCCACCGUCAUGUCUUUCGCUUCUCGCUCUGGCAGCAGCACCCUCACAUCUCUUUUCCUCGCGAUUCUCUCCUCCCUUUUCAUCUUGGCAUCAUCCGUCUCAGCAUCGGCCAAAAAUGUCCAAAUGCGAGAAAUGGAUUCCGACGCAAUCGUCCCGCUCCGUUCCCACUCCAUCUACGCACCCUACGUCGACUCCAACCUGCAAAACAAAUUCUGGGAUUUCGGAGCAGACGCCAUCGUCGACACCAACCGACACAUCCGUCUAACCCAAGACCGUUCGCACCAAAUGGGUUGGCUAUGGUCUCGUCUCCCUCUCACCGCCGAGAACUUUGAAAUCGUAUUCGAGUUCAACAUCGACGGCCACGCUUCCCACGUAGCUGGAGAUGGCAUGGCAGUCUGGCUCACCCAAGAUCGAGCAAAACCAGGGCCCGUGUUUGGAAGCAUCAACUACUUCACCGGUUUAGGCAUCUUUUUUGAUACCUAUCCCAACUCUCGACAUCCCUACAGCUUCCCCAGGAUCUCAAUCAUGAAUGCAAACGGUGUCGAGGCAUAUGAGAAUGACAAAGAUGGUGCUAGACAGGAAGUUGCUGGCUGUUCCAUCGACUAUCGUAACUCCAAGGUCGCAACCAAGGGUAAACUUAUCCACGUCAAAGACAUCUACACAGAACUCCAAAUCCACCAUUCCGAAUGGGACCACUGGCAAUCAUGCUUCAAGCUGGAUAACAUCACCCUGCCACUAAACCCCUACCUCGGAUUCUCAGCACUCACAGGUGACGUAUCAGACAACCACGACGUAGUCUCAAUCACCUCAUCCAACCUCAUCUAUCGCAACCGAACCCCACAACAGCUGAGACAAGAAAAGAUCAAACACUUCCCAGAAAAGUUCGGGUUCAAACCAAAAAAGAAAGCUUGGAAUUUCGGCGGCAACACCAAAGGCUGGUCUAGUGAUGUAAACAGUGUUGGUGGUAGUGGCAAUAAGCGUCGAGCACGAGUCGGGGCAGGGUUGGUGCGAUUUGUCAAGGAUGUGUUUGGGUUUGUGUUUUUCUUGCUGAAAUGGGGUUUGGUUUUGGCGGCGAUAGGUGCGUUGGUGUUGUUGGGAUUGCAGUAUCGAAAGAAGCAGAAUAUGAAGCGGUUCUGA